GUGGUUUCCCGUAAACCACAUGUUCCGGAGGGAGCGCUUUAUAAGGCCGACGAGCCAGGCAGGCAGCACUGCGCGGACGGAGGCAGCAUUUCCUGGGCUUCGCGCGAACUGAAAGCACACAGUCCCAACCCCCUUCGCCGGCCGCCGCCGCCGCCGCUGCAAACGGGAUUAGCCUGCAAGAGGGGGAAAGAAGGCGCCUCCGCCGACGCUGUUUUCUCGUCAACCCGGAUCUUAAGGCGGCGGAUUGGGGCGUUUUCGGAGCGGGCUGCGUGCAGGGCCAAGAAAAAGAUGAUCUCCCAUAUUGCAGCGGCCUUUCUCCUCCUUGCGGCCUGCGCGAUCCAUGGAACAGAGCAGAAGGACAGAAGUUGCAGCCGCUUAAUCCAUGAUGUUCACCUCAAUCGCCUGCUGGACCUGGUUGAUAGCCAGAUGAUGAAGCCCUCUUGUGAGCUGUCCUUUGAGUAUGUGGAUGAGAGAAAGCUGGACGACCCCAAAUGCUUUCUCAGAGCAGCAUACUCGCCUCUAAGAAACAUCCUCGAAAGUAUUGAAUUCAAGCGCAAUACUCCAAACUCUAACACAAUGAAGGAUGUAAAGGACUGGCACUUAGAAGUUGGAGACUGCAUGGACAUUAAUAGCAGUGAUGAAGAAGAGAGCAAGCACUGCACCAAGCCGUUCUCCCAGACUGCAAGGCAGAUGCUGAAGCUGGUGCACGAGUACUUCAGCAAAGCUAAGGAAAUCUUGUCCGAAGGAAAUUUCAGCCAUGAUUGCAGCAGUGUCUUUGAGAAAUGUUCCGACUCAGAAGGGAAGAGUGCAACAUCUCCAGGUGUGGUGACUGACCAGGAUUGCCCGUGUCCAGCCACAAGCCCCAUGAGUGGCAGAGGCUCAGCUUCUCUCCUUCCAACCUUUGAGCCCUCCUCUUCCAUUGCAGACCGGCUGGACAGCAAAGAGGCAGCUGCCAGCACUUUCCAGCUCUUUAUGCAGCCUGGCACCAUGCAGACUCAAGGCGGGUCACAGGGUAGCACCAGGCCCAGGAUGCCUAGGAGCACCCAAAGGGGCCAAGCAGCUGCAGAGCCCACGGAUUUCGUAGCUAGCACUGAGGCUGUCAUGUCCUCGCCGCCAGAAGAACUAGCGUUGGCAGCUCUGUCCACGAACAUUGCAUCCUUCCUGGACUCAGCCGUAACCCUUGAUUCCUGGUCCCCCAGGCUCAAAAACAUUUCUCCUCCUCCUUCUAGCCAACAAAGCAUUGCGCCUAUGGGGACAGGGUCUCCUCUCCCCGGUUCUGUUGCUGGCAGCAGCCAGACAUGGCCCCAUGAAUUCCCUUCCCAUUCUUCUCCUUUCUCUGGCUCAACCAAACCCUCCCUCAGAAAGCAGUGGCUUCGAUCAACUGAAAUGGAUGUAUCUGGUUGGGCUGUGACUGACACAGGCAGCACAUCUGGCCUAACUUUGGCGUCUCUUGCCGGUUUGGACUCUGCAGAGAGCUCAGGGGUGCCCUCCAGUGGCAGUGGGGCAACCCUCUCGCCCAGGGACCCCCCACUCUUCCCUGUCUCUGAGGAUCCUCUCUCUGCUGCACAACAGCUUUCUAGAUUGGCGGUCACCACAAACAGUCCAUCAUCUCACAGGCAGGUACCCCCAGAAAGCUACUCCUGGGGGGCGGAGGGCAGCCGAGGUAGAGCCCCAGGAGUACUGCACAGCACCCAGCUCCGAGAGAGACGAGCGGAACAAGAAGAGGGCCCAGCCAAGGGCAGGGAGCCGGAGGAUAGCAUGGCAGGUCCCAGCUCUGAUCUGAGCUUCAUUCCUCCGAACACAGACAAGCACAGUGAGAAGCCAGAAGCCAGAGAUACCCAAGGGAUGGCUGUGACUUAUGUGGUGGUGCCCAGUGUCCUGGGAAUCCUGUUGGCCGUGGGUGGCCUGCUCUUCUACUUCCAUAAAUCCAGGAUGCUAGCCAGGAGGCGACUGCAGAGAAAUGAGAGAAACCUGGAAAGACAAGAAGGAAGGCCACUGAAUAGAGGGGAGGGAGACCUGGAAUUGCAGAUACAGGAGGAGGAACUAUGAGCUGGACCCCUUUCCCUCUGGGAUGACAAGCCACGUGGGGACUGGGCAGUAAGCCCCUCUUUUUUUAAAAGGACAGCCCUCUCGUUACUACUGGGAGAAAUUAACACAAACUGGACUCUGGGAACUGAAGCAAUUGCAGUCCCUUCCCGCAAAUAGUGUUUUCUCUUCCCAGACAUGUUUUAAAUUUUUUGCGAUGGAAAGGGAUUCAUCGGGAAAUGGACGCUAUAUUUAUUCCUGGGAUUCAAGGUUGGCUUUCGUACUUAACUGCAAGCUGCCCUCUUUCUGCCAGUCAGACAACAAGCUGGAACUUGGUGGGAAGGAUGGAAACUGUUUGGAAGCUGACUUUGGACUUCAAAAGGCCUCUUCUGAUGGUGAGAGGGAGUUUCGAAGAACCACUGUGCCCUAUUGCCGCCCAGAGUGGAAAGGGUGACAUCCUCUCCAGAGGUGGAUGUUGAGUCUGCAGUUUGAACAGCUAUGUAUCUGGGAAAGAAGACUCUCUUCCAGGGCUUCCAGCUCCUUUGGAGAAGACAUAGAAUCUUGGGCCUUAUAUCUAUAUAUUUUCCUAGACAUAACUCCCCAUAGAUAUGAAUAAUGGCAAGUUGUGGUUCUGGAGAGAGAAUGGGCACUCUCUCCCCACCUGCCUUUAAGCCAUGUGUAUAAUGUAGCCCAAGGAAGGACACCCAUUUUCCCUCCUCCCCUGCAAAACAGCCUCCAUUUUUAACUCCCCAAAUAGCCUAAUCCAUUAAUCUGAGAGUUUGCUAUCCCAGUGGCCUUCUAUGUCUUCACUCCAGAGACCCCCUUUUAUUAAUCCCAACCUACAAAACGGGACCCGCUUUUAACUUUUUAUCAGGACGAGCAGGGGUCACUUAAUAAAAUUUGAUUUUAGUUGCACUUUAGGGCAGACUAGAUAAGGAAUGCAGCACAGCCUUAUGAUGAUGACUCCUAGCUUAAGAUGGCUUUUAGAAAAAAUGGGGUUAGAUAAAUGUAGCACCAUGCAACUGUCCCAUCGAUGGAAAGAUUUCUGCUUGUGCAAUGCCACCCCCCCCCCAAAAAAAUCUGUUUUCGGGAUCUCCCAACUCUCCAGUGCAGAAUAAGGGAGAGAAGAGUGGGUAGUCAAUUGCACAAAUAGAAAUCCUUGUUCUGUUGGAUCUCUGUCUUUAUCAGAGCUCUGCUGGAUCAGACCCGAGUAGCUGGCAAGUGGGCUGUGAGCAUAAUAGUCCUUUCCUGCUGCUCCCCAGCAUCUGGCAUAGUGCUUCUGAUACUGGGGGUGAUAGAUAACCACAACUUUUAUCCGCCUGGAAAAAGUGACGUGUUUAAAUCACUGAUGCAACCCAUCAACCGAAAUCCAGUGUGUUACACACUCCGGUAAUAUUGUCAGAAAAUGUAGAAUAUAACAUCACUCCCAGUUCCCCAUACCCCACCUGCAUUGUGUCUUGACCCAAACAGGAAGUGAUGCCUUGUAAGCCAGGACAUGAACAGAUCUGGCACUGAAGUGGUUGCAGCUGUAACUAUAUCCAUAGGAGAGAUGCAGCCUCUUCCAACUGUGUUUAUCCACUUCCCAGAGCCUGCUGAACAAUGCAGGGCACUGCAGGGAAGUUCAGCAGUACAGAAGUUAAAUAUAUUGGCACUGUGCAGUGAACACCCCCACCCUCGGUGAGCUUGGCCCUUGGAACUGCCAGAGCUAUGCCACUUUACAGAGAUUGACACUAACACACACACACCCCGCAGCCUUGAUCUCUUGUACCAAUGGAAGGAAAGUGUUAAGACCCACCCCUCCCAUCUUCCACAAAUUAAUUUAGGAAACUUGGGGACUUUGGUAAUCUGUGUUCCCAUGCCUACAUUUGCCAAGUGAAAGCAGAAAUGGUGGGGGAAACUUGCAGGGAAACAUUGGAAAGUCGGGGUGUACAUAACAACAACAUAAACUUGCUGUUUCUCCUCCAAAUGCCCCUGCAAGCACUAUUCCUCCCAGCUGGGUUUACUUAGAAUUUGAGAAUAUGGGUGGCGGGCAAGGGUUAAGUUGUUGUUUAAUGGUGUGAAGGCAUUUUCAGGGGAGAAUCUAAUGGGGGCUACCUGCCACCGUACCCGCUGCCUAUCCCCUGCAGUGCUACACCCUCAAUUUAGGAUGCCAAACGUAUCACGGGUUUGAGGACCACCCUGUGUUUAAUGUGUAUUUCUGCUCGUAACCUUAAUAAUUGCUGACCCGGGGGCUGCUACUGGAGGUUUUCUCCAAGAGGACGCACACUUCCCUUGUCCCCCUGUGCAUCUCUUUCCAUGUUGUAGUGGAGAGCUGAUGCAUAGAGGGCCAACGGGAGUUGCCGCAGCCCAGCUCUGAAGUGAAGUGAAGCUCUUGCACUUUGUAUACUUAACGUGUUUUGCCUCCCGUGCGCUGAGAACAUUCCCACCCUGGAUUGAAUGAGUGAGUGUCAACGAGUGAGUGCAUCUGGUCCAGCCUCUUGCCAUUCCAUGCCUCUUCUCCAUCCGCCCUCGCCACAACCAGCAGCCCUUAUCUGCCUCACCUCUUGCCCUCCCCUGCUUUCUCCAUCUCUGCUUGUAGCUGUGACGCUGAGCUGGCCUCAGGGUAACGAUGCUGCCUUUCCCCAUUUGUGCUUUAAUGUAAUGGAUGAAAUGUUGAUAAAACUGUAUUGGAGGAAGGUGUGGGUGCAACUUGCCAGGCUCUGUAAGUGGGUGAUUGUGCCAUGUAUGUUGCUCCAUUGAUGUGAGCAGGCCUCCAUGUUUGCACCGGACGCUGGAGUCUCUUAUUAUUCAAUGUGCCAUUGCAUCAUAUUGUGCCUUGUGUGUGUGCAGCAUUCUGAGACCCUGAGGGCAUAUGACCUGGUUGGUGUCCAGGGCUUGCACACACCAGUUUUGAUCUUGCCAAUUCAAUGAUCCUUGCAAAAGUGGUAGAAGUUGACUUAUUUUAUUUCUGCUUGCCCUUGUACAUUGCAGCAAAGGGGGCCUUCAGUGAAACAUCAUUUGCCUCCCCUUCUUGGCUCCUAGUUGAGCUGCAGUGCUCAUGAGCAGCUUGCUCACACCGCAGAGGCAGACAAGUUCCCUCUUUGUUUUUGGCAGAGACCAAGCAUUAGCUGCUUUCAUAGGUCAAUGAGCCACGGCAUAGGACUACCUUUUGACAUGCAUCAGAUGAAGAACAGUCCCUGUUUGUUUUAGCACCCUGUGGCCAGGUUUGCAAUGGUGUUUGGAUGCAGCAGUCAGUACGUUCCAUCUUGCACGCUUAUUCACCAGCACAGGAAAACUUAAGAUCUGGCCUUAAUGCCUUAACAGCCACCCUUCCCUUGCCUCUUUUUAUUAAUAUAGGAAAAACCAAUGAAGAGGAGUUCCUUUUUUAAAAAUGGAGUUACAAUUCUGGUUCAGACUGUGUUCUUUUUAUAUAUAUAUUUUUACAAACAAUGAAAUAUUUUAUAUUAAAGACUUUUUUUAAAAAAAUGCUGUUUAAAUGUUUAUUUAAAAAUAGGAAAGUUUGUAUUUAAUAAUAAAAACACGAAUGUGUGUAACACUUUUUAAA